GACUGAAAUCCGCUGCCGGCCCUGCUCUGGAAGCCUGUGCCUCUCUUGGUGUCGGCUGCGCUGUAGGCCUCAGCCCCAUGGAUCCCUUCCUGGCUCUGCUGAAUUCUUUGUCCGCCAGCCUGUCUAGCAGCGAGCUCUGCGAGCUGAAGUUUCUGUGCAAGGACAAAAUUGGGAAAAGGAAGUUGGAGUCUGUCCAGAGUGGCAGGGAGCUCUUCAACUUCCUCAUGGAGCAGCAACUGAUCGCAAGUUACAACGUAGACUUGCUUAAAAGCAUGUUUAAGACCAUUAAGAGAGAAGAUUUGAUCUCACAGCUGGAGGAGUUCAUAGAGGAGGGAGAAGCCAGCGCUCCUGAUGAGCGGCCUGACAUGAAGGAAAGACGUUUGCAGAAGGUAGUUAUCGAAGUUAUAUGCGAGAACGUUGGGAGAGACUGGAAAAUGCUGAUGCGAAAACUUGACUUUUCUGAUGUGAGAAUGGAGAGAAUAAUGGUAGCCAAGCCAAAUAAUUUACGAGAGCAAUUGUUUCAGUCGCUUCGAGAGUGGCAGAAAUGGAAGGGGAAAGAUGCGAAGGUGGCUGACCUAAUAAAGGCUCUUCGAGACUGUAAUAUGAAUUUGGUGGCAGACAUAGCUGAACAGAAGCUCUUUCACCUGAAUACAGAAAACAUGUGAAAUCAAGAUAAAAACACUCAGACCACGGGUAUGAAAGGAAAAAAAGAAGCAAUAGUGCCUUCUGAUCAUCUGAACCCAAAUCACUGUCAUUGGCUCUGUUAAUUCUGCCAUUAAUUUAUGUGCCUUAAAAUUAAUAGCUAAUUUCAGGUCAGGUAAUAGCUAAUGUGAAAACAAUUUCAUUUCAGCCAAUGCUUUGAAGUUGGUGCUUCCCUUAAGAGAUUUUAACUUUUAGAAUACAAAUACUCCACUUUGCAGAAAUACUCCCACCUGAAAAUAAGAUAUGCUUUAUUGCAUAUUCCUUACAAGUGCCUUGUCUGUAAUUACAUCCAUGGGACCCUUCUGAGGGAACUGAAAAUUUCAUUAGGAGGUUGGAAUAUUCAUAUAUACGUAUAUAUAUACAUAUAUAUAUAUAUAUAUAUAUACACUCUUAUUUUAUGUGAUCUGUUUGUAACUAGUGUGAAAGGGGUAAAGAGGCUGAACUCUUACCUAUGUAGUGAGUCUUGUCUUUGUUUUGAGUAGCAUAAGGUAAUGUCUUCCAUAAUUUUUUGAACACCUUUACUAUCAGUAAAAGAAUACAAAGAAGACUGUAACCUCAAUCUGUAAGACAGCAGUGCAAUAGGACUCAUAACUACUGUAGUGGGUUUCUUGGCAGAAAAUGUGCCUGGAUUGAAAAACAAUCUUGUUGAAAUUAAUUAUGAAGUGCCUUUAUAUACAGAAUCACAGAAUGGUUUAGGUUGAAGGGGACCUCUGGAGGUUAUGUGGUCCAACCACCCUGCUGAAGCACAACCACAUAUAGGGCAGGCUGCCCAAUACCAUGCCCAGGCAACAUUCCAGAGAAGAGAGCCUACAACUUCUCUGGGCAUCCUGUGCCAAUGCUCUGUCACCUGCGCAGUACAGAAGUGCUUCCAGAUACUUAGUUGAAUAACAUCAUCCUGAGAGUGAUGUUCUCCUGAAACUAUCAAAGAAAUUGUACCUUACAGAUGUUUACAGCAGACAUUUUUUUUCAUUGCCUUGAAUGUUUUAAGAUUUUCUGAAGCUAGUCAUCUCAUAAUCCAUAUCAGGGAGUCUGGUCAUGUCUGCUGGAUGCUGCAGCUCACCUUAUCAGUAACUUACAGUUAUCUGUGGUCUUGGUUUAAAAAAAAUAUAUAUAUAUAUGCUGUAACAGAAACUUAGAAAACAAAAUGGCUUCUUUUUAGUCAAGAAGAGUGAAAGCUUAGGGAAAGAGUACUAACUUUCUCUCCAGUGAUAUCCUGUGAAGGUUGGAUACCUUUUGCCAUUCUUGGUUCAAAUACUACCAGAACUGGCAGUACUUCCAUGUUCUCUGCAAUUCUUUACUUCUUUCCUAUUCCUUUAUGCUUCUAGAAAGUGGCUGUAAGCAACUCACAGUUGAAGGAGCAUUUAUAAAUGAGACCAGACCUAAAAAAAAUACAGAUUUUAUGCCUAAUGUAACACUGGAAAAAGCUGCACAUGCUUUAAGACACUUAGGGCAAUGAAAGCCUUGAAAUUAUUCAUUAUUCCAGGGGGGAAAGUUCUCUGAAAUUAUUAUUGUUCAAAUGAGUUGGAUUGUUACUGCAAUCGUUCAUCUAACUACAUAGAUGAGACCUGAAGAGGAAGGCUUCUUUUCUUUUUUUUGCUACUGUACCCAUGUGACUUGGCUUUGUUCAAGUUCUUGUUGUGUGGUGCCAUUACUGUGAAGACCAAGUAUCAGCAUGUAGUAUUACAUCACUACUCAGUCUAAAUGUUGUUACAGUCAUAAUUUUCACGUUUUUGUUGAAGUUGGUGCUUCUAGUUUAGAAGAUUACCCUUGAAUACUUGAUUGUAGUUACUGGAAAUUGCUGUAAUGUGAACUUUUUAUUUGGGCUUUUCCUUUAAAAAAAUGCUUGCGAGGAUCAUUUAAAUCAUAUUAGUGAUUAUAUACAAGAAAAGAACAAUGGGUAAUAUGAAAGUUUCUUCUGUUUUUUUGGCAGGUGCACUUUUUAAGAGCUUGCUCCAAUACUUUGUCAGCAUCAAUUCUCAGUUCCAAAGUUCUGGUAGGAGAUGAAAUGUUGCACUUCAGCUCAGAAGUUUUAGAGAUGUUUUUAAUAGUGUUUAUCCCCAUUCUGCAGUAUUUAAUUUUUUUUUUUUUUUUUUUUUUUUUUGCUUCAUGUAUUUUAAUCAUCUUUGUGAGCAGAUUGGAAGAGAAAUGAAGUUAGCAAAAUGAGUUAUGUUUGUGGCGAAGCACUCUGCAGCAGUUCCAAGUUUAGUCUGUCCACUAACAUGUUUUCCUUAUCUACUUGUCAUAAAUCUUCUAGUUUACAAAAGAUACAUUUAUCUGGAAUAUUAAAAAGAAGUAUAUUGCCUACUGUAUAUAAUCAGAGUAUUUUUAGAAUCAUUAGGAAUAGCAGUUGUAGCCAAGCGUUCGUCUGCAAGAAAUCUCCUGCCUUAGAAAAUGUAAAACUUUAGGAUUUGUACUUUUAUACCGUAUAAUCUUGUGCAUAUUUCAUUAAAAAUAUUUCUUUAAAAGCAAAA